ACAACAUUUUUAACGAAGAAAUGCGGUUUUUCUCGAACUUUCCCUGAGAUGGAGGGUUGGGCGCUUACAUGACGCGUGAAAAGUUUACAUUGCUUUAAUUUAAUACAGGUGCGAAUGUUUGCUGGAAGUGUCAGGAAUGCGGCGGAGGCCGCUCGCUGAGGACGAGGCAUAUUCGCGCGAAGCCGGGGCUCAGUCUUCGUGCCGGACUCGGGCUGCGGGCUCUGGUAUUGCCGAAGCAGGACUGCCGGUCAGCGCCCGGAUCUCCGGACCCGAAGCUGCCGCUUCUCUCCUGUAAAGCGCUCAGUGAGUGGAUGUGUUGAACAUGAUCUCGGCGGCUUAGCGCUCUGCGGUUUCUGUGGCAGCGGUGUGCUUUAGUAGGGGGCUGUGAUGGGUAAAAAUUACUACAAGGUCUUGGGCAUCCAGAAAGGUGCUUCUGAUGAUGAGAUUAAGAAAGCGUACAGAAAGCAGGCUCUCCGCUUUCACCCGGACAAAAACAAAGCUCCCGGAGCCGAGGAUAAGUUUAAGGAGAUCGCCGAGGCCUAUGACGUGCUGAGCGACUCCAAGAAGAAGGAGAUUUAUGACCGAUACGGAGAAGAGGGACUUAAAGGCCACUCUGGCGGUGGAGGUGGCAAUGGCCCCAGCUACACGUUCCAUGGAGACCCACAUGCAAUGUUUGCAGAGUUCUUCGGUGGCCGUAGUCCGUUUGACCAGUUCUUUGCUCACGGUGACGACGAUGAUAUGGACAUUGAUGACCCUUUUGCUGCUUUUGGCAUGGGGGGUAUGGGGGGCUUCCCUAGGUCCUUCAAGUCUCGUGUGGGGGGUCCUCAUGGAAGCCGAGAGAAGAAGAAAGACCCUCCGGUCAUCCACGAGCUGAAAGUGAGCCUGGAGGAAGUGUUCUCAGGCUGCACCAAAAAGAUGAAGAUUUCCCGCAAGCGGCUGAACCCGGACGGCUGCUCAAUGCGCACCGAAGACAAGAUCCUGACGGUGGACAUCAAGCGUGGCUGGAAGGAAGGAACCAAGAUCACCUUCCCCAGAGAAGGUGACGAGACGCCAACCAACAUCCCUGCUGACAUUGUAUUCGUGGUCAAAGACAAGACACACCCAGUCUUCCGCAGAGACGGCUCCGAUGUCAUCUACCCUGCAAGGAUAUCCCUCAGAGACGCACUGUGUGGCUGCACGAUCAGCGCCCCCACACUCGAUGGCAGGACCAUCACGGUGACGUCCCGUGAUGUCAUCAAGCCAGGCAUGAAGAAGAGGAUAGUGGGUGAAGGACUGCCUCUGUCCAAGUGUCCAGAGAAGAGAGGGGACAUGGUGCUGGAGUUUGUGGUGAAGUUUCCAGAAAAGCUGAACCCAAACACUCGUGAUGCUCUGCUGCAAAUCCUCCCGCCAUGAUUGGAGUGGACCGGUCAGGAAGAACUCUGCUUCAGCACACUAACGUGUAGUACAGCUGAAACUUUUUUUUUUCCCAUCACUUCCAGAGUAAUAAUUUAUAAACACCCAUGUUCAGUGCCCUUUUCACAUCACUGUGAAACCCUUUCAUUUGUACAGUAAUGGUGGACUUAUGCAGAGAUAUGCGCAGGGUAUGCCGUACCUCAGUUUGUGCAGCUACCUUCUUUUCAUAGCUCACCAUGUCCUGCAACAUUAUGAACAGUACACUCUUACAAGUAAUGGUGCAAAAUGGGUCUAUAGAGAUUUCACGAAUAAUUAUUUAAGGGAGCACAAUUGGGAAUCGGACAGUUUAUUUUUAUGAGGUCAUUUGAAUGCUCCUGUUCCUGUUUGUCAGCAUUUAUUUUUUUUUUUUUAUUUAGUGAAAUUACAGUCGUCUCAGUGGAAAGUUACAAUGAGCAAAUUCGCUUAUGAUUAUAAUCCUUUAUUAGUCCCACAAAUGGGGAAAUUCACUUCGCAGACUUCUGGGGUGAGUUCAUUUUGGGUUCAAAAUCUUUUGUAAACUGACCUGUAAAUUCGCACUUUCUACCAACAGCCUUCUAAAAGAGCCUGGCUACUUCCUAAUUCAAAAAACAUGACUGCAAAAUGCUUGAGGGCACCCAUGAGCAAGUCCUCAGUAAAUGGGGCUGAAUGGAGCUAAACAUAAAUUUAAAUAGUUCCUAACCAGCUGUGCAGGAGCUUCCUUCUACUUUCGAAAAGUAAGAAGGAUGUAUUACAUCAAACAUGUACAGUAUCUUUACCAUCUUAACCAUAUCUUUCUGUUUUUCUACUGCAAACAGGUUUUGGGCCGUGGGACACUAGUGUUACAACUACUGAGUGUUGAUUGGUUGGCAUUACUGCUACUGAGCACUGAUUGGUUGGUGAGCUAAUUGGCUUUUUGGCCAAGUAAAGCGUUUCAUGCUCACUGAUGUCAUGAAUGUACGUGCUUUUGUGAGUAUAACAAGUUUUUCUAUAUCAGAAAUGAGUGUGUUUACAUGCGCCCAAUAAUCUGAUCUUACUCAGAUUUCUGCAGUUAUCUGAUUAUUGAAAUGGUCAUGUAAACAGCACACUCCACUUUCUUAGAUCAGAGUAAGGUCUAGAAAUAGA